AUGGCGAGUAUGAAGAAAAAUGGAAAGAAGGCAUGUGUGAUCGGUGGGAGUGGAUUCAUGGCCUCUAUCUUGAUCAAGCAAUUGCUUGAGAAGGGUUAUGCUGUCAAUACCACUGUUAGAGACCCAGAUAAUACUAAGAAAAUAUCUCACCUUUUGGCACUGAAAAGUUUGGGCGAAUUGAACAUAUUUGGAGCAGAUUUAGCAGGUGAAAAGGAUUUUGAUGCCCCUAUAGCAGGCUGUGAACUUGUUUUUCAGCUUGCUACACCUGUGAACUUUGCUUCUGAAGACCCUGAGAAUGACAUGAUCAAGCCUGCAAUCUCAGGCGUGUUGAAUGUGUUGAAAGCAUGUGCACGAGCAAAAGGCGUGAAACGAGUCAUCGUAACAUCUUCAGCAGCUGCUGUAACCAUAAACCCACUCAAGGAGACUGGUCUGGUUAUGGAUGAAAGCAACUGGACUGAUGUUGAGUUCUUGAAAACUGCAAAACCACCCACUUGGGGUUAUCCUGUCUCCAAAGCACUGGCAGAGAAAGCUGCAUGGAAAUUUGCUGAAGAGAAUCACAUUGAUCUCAUCACUGUGAUACCAACUCUCACAACUGGUCCUUCUCUCACUCCAGACAUCCCAUCAAGUGUUGGCCUGGCCACGUCUCUCAUAACAGGCAAUGAUUUCCUCAUAAACGCCCUGAAAGGCAUGCAGUUUCUAUCAGGUUCAGUAUCCAUCACUCAUGUGGAGGAUAUUUGCCGAGCACAUAUAUUUGUGGCUGAGAAAGAAUCAGCUUCUGGUCGAUACAUUGUCUCUGCUCACAAUACUAGUGUUCCAGAGCUUGCAAAGUUUCUUAGCAAACGUUACCCUCAGUAUAAAGUUCAGACUGAAUUCGAUGACUGUCCCUCUAAGGCAAAGCUAAUAAUCUCUUCUGAAAAGCUUGUGAAAGAAGGAUUCAGUUUCAAGUAUGGGAUUGAAGAAAUUUAUGAUCAGACUGUGGAGUACUUGAAGAGCAAAGGGGCUCUGAAGAACUGA